AUGGGAAAACCUCAUACAAACCCUCCCAUUCUACACAUUCUUCUUCUCCAUUUCAUUCUAACAUUAUUAGGUCUCGCGCUUCUUCCCCGACAAGCCGACUCACUCGGAAUCAACUACGGUCAAGUGGCCGACAAUCUCCCGACUCCCGACCGUGUGGUCGAGCUCCUCCGCUCCCUCCGCCUCACGAAGGCCCGAAUCUACGACACGAACCCUCAAAUCCUCUCCGCCUUCGCUAACUCGGGAAUCGAACUCAUCGUCACGAUCGAGAACUCGUUGCUCCCUUCCCUCUCCGACCCGGGUCGGGCCCUCUCUUGGGCCCGGGCCCAAAUCGCCCCAUUCCUCCCUGCCACCCGAAUCACCGGAAUCGCAGUCGGAAACGAGAUCCUCACCGGCGACCCGUCAGCCACCGACCCGAACCUAAUCGCCCACCUCGUCCCCGCCAUGUCAUCUGUCCACUCGGCUCUCGUCCAGCUCGGUUUGGCCACGAUCGUCCGCGUCUCCACCCCGUGCUCCCUCUCCGUGCUCCAAGAGUCGUUCCCACCGUCCGCGGGCUCAUUCCGGCCCGACAUCGGGCCCGUCGUGGCCCAACUACUCCAGUUCCUGGCCUCGACGGGCUCGCCCUUCUGGAUCAACGCGUACCCGUACUUCGCAUACAAGGACAGUCCGGCCCGAAUAUCGCUCGAUUACGCGCUAUUCAACCCGAACGAGGGCACGGAGGAUCCGGGCACGGGCCUCCGGUACGACAACAUGCUCUACGCGCAAGUCGAUGCAGUGGUUUUUGCGAUGGCGAGGUUCGGGUAUGGUGGGCUCGAGGUUCGGGUCUCCGAGACGGGUUGGCCGUCGAGGGGGGACUCGGAUGAGUUCGGUGCCACGCUCGAGAAUGCGGCCGUGUAUAACCGGAAUAUUAUGAGGAGGCAAAUGAGGGGCGAAGGGACGCCGUUGAGGCCGCGAUCAAGGCUCGAAAUUUACGUGUUCGCGCUAUUCAACGAGGACCUAAAGCCCGGCCCGACUUCCGAGAGGAAUUACGGGCUUUUUCAUCCCGACGGGACAAUGGCAUACAAUGUCGGGCUUUCGGCCUUGUCGACCGACCCACCGCCGGGUUCCUCCGGCUCCGCCGCGUCAAUCUCGUUGACUUCCGGUGCCAAUAAGGUUAAACAAAGUGGAUAUUCGAGCCUCGUGUGUGCAAUAUUCCUAAAUUUGCUGGCGUUGCAAGUUUUAUUGAGAAGACAUUGA